AUGGCGCACUUCCAGACUUCACGACGUGCCAAGCGAAUGAUGGACGAUUUCCAGAGCGUGCACUCUGAUGCCAAGGACGUCAUCAGCAUCGCCGAGGCUGACGACGUCGCGAGCGCAGCGAACCAAGAACCACGAGCAGAGCCGGCCGCAGCUCCGACCUCCACGCCGCGAGAAGGCAGCUCAGAUACCUGCGCCUUCGCCACGGAGAUCGUCUCCAAAGACGAGGACGAGUUCUACACGAAGGAGCUGGAGCCCGCGCCGGGGCAGGGGACCAGGAAGCUGGACGGGUACGUGCUCGUGUCGACGGGCGGCGACGCCGGCGCCGACGUCGCGGUCAAGGACAAGCAGCUGGACGAGGCGCGCACGGAGAUCAGCGACCUGCGGUUCAGCCUGGAGGAGGCCGUGCGGCGGGCGGAGCUGGCCGAGGAGGCCAAGGCGGCGCUGGAGCGGGAGCUGCAGGAGGAGAUCAGGAGGAAGCACACCCCGUCGCGUCGGCGCGCGACGUCGGACUCGGAGGACGGCUGGCGCCCGGCGGCGGCGCGCGAGGGGGCUCGUCCGACUACGCCCACGCGGCCGCGGCCGACGUCGUCUAGUACGUCAGGGACGCCGUCCAGGGCACUGAGGAGUGCCCGGCCGGGAGGAGAGGUCAUGCCGCCGCCGCGCUGCUUGACGCUGGGAAAGGUGCUGAACAUGAAGUACAAGUGA